AACUCUUCAAACAACGGUGAAGUUGAUUUGUUAAGUUUCUAAAUGCGUUCUCUAUAUAUAUCGAUACUAGCUUCUGUUCUUCUUCUUGUCAUAUCUAUUCUACAAAACUUGAUAUACUAUUUUUUAUAUGUUUUUUUAAUUUGAAAUCUACGACACAAAUAAAUUUAGAGUAAAUCCAAACAAAAAAUUGUAAGUUCGAUCUGGAGAACGGUUUUUUUUUUUCAGCUUUCAGGAACCCAUUUGCAAUAUCAAGAUCUAACCAGAUUCAAAUCGAUACACGAACAGCAAUGAUAAGGACUGGUAUAUUCAGAUCAUUUGGAAGUGUUAGAUCAUUUUCAUCUAGCUCUGUGGUAUCAUCUCAAGUAUAUUUCAAUGUAUCAAUAGGAGGUAUUAAACAGAAUCCCAUCAAAUUUGAAUUAUACGAUUAUGUAGUUCCAAAGACAGCUGAGAAUUUCAGAGCAUUAUGUACGGGGGAGAAAGGAUUUGGAUAUGCUGGAUCACCAUUCCAUAGAGUGAUACCUAAUUUCAUGGUUCAAGGUGGAGAUAUUGAAUAUGGUUUAGGGUUUGGGGGUAAAUCUAUUUAUGGUAAGAAAUUUGAUGAUGAAAAUUUCCGAGUUAGACAUACCAAACCUGGAUUAUUAUCGAUGGCCAAUGCUGGGAGAAAUACUAAUAAUUCCCAAUUCUUCAUUACUACUGUUGCAUGUCCUUGGUUGGAUGGUAAACAUGUUGUAUUUGGAGAAGUCACUGAGGGGUUUGAUGUAGUUAAAAAGAUUGAAAGUUAUGGUACUAGAGGUGGGAAACCAACUACUAAAAUCGUUAUAGAAGAAUGUGGAGAAUGUUAGACACUUGUAAAUAGAGAGAUACAAUACAUCUGCAU